UAGCACUGUUAAUUACUUAAUAAUCUUAGAAAGGCUUGGCGAUUCAAGACUAUUGCAAAUCAACGUUUUGAAAUGUGGAGACAGCCUAACGAGAUUUUCAUGGUCACGUUUCUCCUAAUUCUGAUUUUUUCACCAGUAACUCCGUUUGCACUUCAACGCUUCAACUGUCCAAAAAGCUACACAUUUCCAAACGCUCGUCUUCGAGGUGGUCUCCAAGCUGGUAAGUUUAAAAGACUAGGUCCUCCAGAUGAUACCGAGCUUUGUGUUCAGCGGUGCUGUGAUCAGAGGUCAUGCGACCUAGUUGCGUGGAUUGGUGAACACUGUUACUCAGUGUCUUGUUUCAGCCGUGAAUUAUGUACACCAGUGAGGUUAGCAAGUUACAACAAAGGCAUGAGGCUCUUGUAUAUCGCAUCGAGAGAAGACGCCGAAGACGAAGUUGAACCCAAUCGAAGAGAAGUCAAUGAUAUUUUCCACUCGUCACAAAGUGAUACUCGCUCAUUCAACAUUUCAAAGAAGACAUCGUUGAUUGAGGAUGGAGACCUGGCAGUUAAGAAGUCCACUACCGAAGAUAGAAGAAUUAUUCGCUCGUUGGAGGAGGUUGAAGACGAAGAACAUUCUGGUUCCAUUGAAAAGAAUGGUAUCAACGAAAGUGCCAACAACAGCCACGAAACUAUAUUGUUCAGCGGAAAUUUUUAUGAACGCGGCUCAGAAAGUAUGAACUUCAAAAUGGAACAGCCCUCUGGCGGGGAGGACUGGGAAGGAGGCCUACUUAAUGAGUCAGGAACCGAGCAGGACGAUGACGUCACUGAUGACAUAAUUCAGACACAAACUCACCCAGUGACUGCGGUGAAAAGAACAGAAAUGGCGUCUGUGGUCAGUCCCAGCGAUAUAGAAGAAUUUGAAUCCAGUUCGCAGUCCGGUAGCGGAGAAAGCUUACUAGAUGACAGAAUAGAAGAGGAAUUGAGACAAGAAGGAGGGGAAGAUUCCUCCGCUGAUUUUAGUUCUUUAGGUUCAGCAUUCAUUCUUGACGAAAAGCAUGCAGACGGGUCUGGUAAAAUAAACAGAACGAUCAUGCGAGAGGUUCAAAGUAAUUUGCGUAAGGUGUGGCGCUAUGCUGCGGCCGGUAAGAGCCUCGGAAUGAUGUCCAAGGGACCAAAGAGUAAGGAGCAGGAGCAAAAGGCCCAAGAGAUUUAUAACUUGGUGAUAAAACAUGAAUCUGAGUUUGUCAAUCAGCACAGAAUGAAGCCAAAGGAAUCCGUAAAGGGUGAGAGUGGUGCAUCAGGCUCGGAAGACGCUGAUCAGCACAAGGCACGUGAUGAUUCAUGGGGUGGAGGAGAGGAUGAUUCAGAUGAAAAACAUGAAUCAGGAUCUGGUAUUUUACGCGAAAGUGAAGAGGAAGCACUGGUAGAGUCGGUGGAAAACGACAUCUCUGGAGAGAGUAGUGGACUGUCGGAUUCUUCGAAGUUGCCUAGUGACAGUGGCAGUGGUUCAGGAAUCAAAAUUAAUAGAAAACUGUUGAAAGAAGUUGAGCAAAACUUGCACAAAGUUUGGAGAUAUGCAGCUCCUAAAAAGGACUUAGACAUGGUCGCUAAAGGACCCAAAGGAGAGGAAGAGUUAGAGAAAGUGAAAAAGAUUUACAAUAUGAUCAGUAAACAUGAGUCUGGCUCAGCAUUUAUAGAUUAUGAGAUGCGAAAGAAAGGAAAACCUUUGAAUGAUGGUAGGAAAACAUCAGGGAGUCAUCGAAGGCAUAAAAGCCGCAAAAGUAGGGUUAAGAUAAUAGGAACAGGACACAAUGGCACUGAAUCAAAGCUUUAUACACUACAGAAAGCAAGGAAAUAUCGGUAUAACCAGGACUUGAAAAAUCUAAAACCCUGGGGCAUGGGAAUGGAAAAGUCUGGGCAUAAACCCAGUGGGAUGUAUACAAAGAAAAUCGGUCGGAAAGACAAGACCGCUAGGAACAAACAGAAUGCCCUAACUAUCCUUCGACAAGAAAUGAAAGAUUUAGCCGAAAACUUAAACGAAAACUCGGGUCCCAAGAAGUAUAACGACACUUCUAAAGUGCCUAAGCUUGCUAACUCGAAGUCGGAUGGAGGUAAGAGUGUAGGAGACAGUCAUGAAGCUAAAUUAAAGCAUGCAACGAGCAGCGCGGGAGAUAAUUCUUUAAAAUUUAAUGAACACAAACAUGUAUCACUUGAUAAGACACAGCUAGAAAUCGGUAAAACGUUAGAGGAGCUGAUUUUGACCAGAAUGGCCCAGCUGCAAAGUCAAAGGAAACACAAAAAGAGAAAGGGAAAACAAGAGCAUUUAAAGGAUAAACACAAGAAUGAGGAAAAAGCAGAAAUGGUAAAAGAAGCUUCAAAGGUAAAGCCACAGCCUAACAAGGACAAACUUCUCAAAGAACUGGAGAAGCUUAAGUUUUUAAACGGACCUUCGACUGUUUAUAACGAAAGUAGGUUUGUGUAUCUCAAACAGUGUGGACUGUACGUGGAGGAAUAUAAUGUAUCAAAGACACGUGCUUCUUGGAACAAUGAUCUGUUUUCACCAUAUUCGUACCUGUAUGAGAUGCCAAAGAAUUAUCACAUGUGUAAUUCUUCCCUGUGGAUGAAUAGCACAGAUCUGCGUGGAGAUGUUUUUUUGAGCUUCCGGGUUAUGUCAAUAAAAGGAAGUACUAUGACUAAUAAUGCCAAUAUCUGUGAGAAAUACUGCUGCCAGGAGCCGCGCUGCCAGUCCUGGACACUAAGAUUCCAGAAAGCAAGCACAGCUAAUUGUCCCAAAGGAUCUUUUUGCUGCUGGCUGAAAAGUGCCAUACCAACGCCCAUCCGAGACCAGGAACACUGUACAUCCGGAAUUGUGCACCGCGAGAGCACAAGACAUCCGCCGUCUGGCAUGCGAUCAGCGGUUCCUCUAGGAGGACUGGGCACGGGCUCGUUUGAGCUACGCGCAGACGGAACGAUUCACGAAUGGACACUCGAGAACCAGUCUCCCGGAGGUUCAGCUAAAUUGAACAAGGGAGCGCUAAAUUUGGCAGUGUUUGGAGUAAGAGUGUCAGAAGUGAAUAAAGAUAAGAGCAAGGCAGCGCUGCUGAGAAUCCAUGCUCCCCAUGGGUACCCUGGAGUGGACAGGUUGUCAUACUCUGGAUCUUACCCAGUCAGUAAAUUAACCCCCGGUGGUUCAAUAACAGAGAACGUUGACAUGAGUCUAUACGCCUUUUCAUCAUUUCAUGUGAGACACCGUUACAAGUCUGCGGUCCCAGCAGUUGCUUUUACUUUAGGCAUGCGGAAUAAGGCUGACAGACCUUUGAAUGUGUCGUUCAUGUUUAACUUGCCGUUAGGACAACAGGAGGAUACAAUUCGUGUCGGAGAUAAUUAUGGCGAAGUUGUAUUCACCAGAAUGAUAAAACCAUCGGACUGUGCGCACGCGUGUUCAAAGAUGCCCAAAUGUAUGUCAUGGACAACCAAUGGACCUACAUCGUGUCUGUUGAAGGACAAAAUGCCCCUUCACGCCUGGGCCACCGGCAUCGUAUCAGGCCUGAAGGGAGAAUGGUCUGUGAAAGACUCCAUGUUGACUUGCCACAGGCCCGGGUUUUUCCCUCAGAGCGGUAGCACAACACUAUAUGCAGUUGACGAUGAAGAUAGUUCGGGAUCUUUUGCCGUGGCUGACGACUUUGGAGACAUUUGGAAAAAUUUCUCAAACACGGGAAAAAUUGGCACUACAGAAUCUCUAAAUAACACUGGGCUUUAUGGUGCAGCGUCUGUGAUGACACAGCUCCAGCCGGGAGAGAAGAAAUCUUUGACCUUAAUUUUGUCGUGGUAUUAUCCCAACCGUGAUGUGGCCAAAGUUCACGUCGGUAAUCUGUACUCAGCCUUGUUCAAAUCCAGCCAGGAUGUGGCAAACCACAUGCGCAAGGAUCUGCUCCAGUCGGUAAUGGAUAUUCGUUCGUGGCAUGAACCGAUCGUCGGAUCUACACCUGCAAGAAAGGAGCCAAUCAAUGACAAGGUUAAGCAUAUACCCAAAGGUCCGGACGAGAACAGAGUCAAUGAACUUCCUGAUUGGCUAAAAGAUUUGCUCGUCAAUAGUAUGAGCUUCUGGAGGUCUGGAUUCUGGGCCGAAGAUGGAAGAUGGCGACAGUGGGAAGCUUUUGACUGUAAUGAUAUUGACACCAUUCAAAAUGACAUGCAGAGAAUUAUUCCUUACACUCUCUUCUUCCCAGAAUUAGUGCGAGAACUUCUGACGGCUUGGGCCGACAAUCAAUACUCAAGUGGUAUGCUACAAGAGGCGCUUACUUCCGGUUGUCUGGGACCAACAGGGAAGCUGGAUUACUCCGGCGGCCGAGUGAUGGCGGACACAACAGCUAUGUUUGUGGUUGGACUUUACCACUAUUUCCAAUGGACCGGGGACCAGGCUACUCUCGACCGACUUUGGCCAGCGGCUAAAAGAGCAAUGGCCUGGGUCAUGGUGGAUUCCACUAAAGGUACUGGCCUUCCUUUUAGGAAAGUUAGCACUUACGACAUCGUAGCACUUGACAAAUAUGACCACGACGCCUACAACUCUUUUGUGUAUCUCUUGGCCUUGAGAGCCGCGCAAGAAAUGGGAACGAUAAAAAACGAUACCAAGUUUACUUCGAGCAUUCAUCGUGCUUUUAAUCAAGCGCAGAAACGCAUCGACGUUGAACUGUGGGACGAAAAUAAGCAGUAUUACCAUGCCUGGUGGGACAUGGAAUAUGGCUCUCCUGAGUGGAUCAUGUCAGAUUCCUUGUAUGGUCAAGUCUGGGCUUACUCUCUUGGUCUUGGGGAUCUGGUACCUCGUAGUAAACUGAAAGAACAUUUGUUAAGCGAAGUUGAGAGAAAUGAUUCCCCUUUUGGUCUGAAGGUUUUGAACACAGGUGAAACAGAAAUCACACAGGAAGACACAUCAAUCAUUUUAAGCCACCAUGUUCCCGGAUGUAAAUCGUUAGAGAAUAUAACGAAGCAUAAUUCAGUUUGGAUGGGUGCAGACGCCGACUGGUCCUCUCUUAUGCUGCAUCUAGACACAGACCCCAUAAUUGCGCUAAACCGCGCCAAAAAAUCGCUCGAUCAUUGGCGCUCAACGCUCAAUGAUCAAUGGAAUAUUCAUGGCCUCAUUUCAAGCAGUGGUUAUGGACUUGACGGGCUGCCUUGGGCCACUUCUCACUAUUCUUUCCACAUGGUUCUAUGGCAUAUACCUCUCGCAGUGUCAGGCCAGCAGUACUUUGCUCCCAAUGCAUCACUGACUUUCUGGCCCAAGUUUCCAAUUCCGUUUAGUUUACCUUUCUUCACGCCCAGAGCGUCGGGGAUAAUUGAGGGAGCAUACGUUAAGGGAAAUGACAGAGAAGAAGAAGACAGUGAAGAGGAAGAAAUGUUUACGUUUACUAUCAAAUCAGGUGAGAUUACCUUAAAAGAACUCUCAAUCCUAGGAAGCAGGUAUGGAGAGGGUGAAAUAUCAAUCAAGCAAGGAGAAACAGUCACGUGGUCACGGCCAAAGCAAGAUGUGAAAAACAUUUUACAACAGUUGUGAAGACGUCACGCUACUCCAUAUUGAACUUUCGCGCACGAUUAGGAUAGCAGGUUUCGAACAAAGCUUCACCCGAACUGUAAUAUAUUUUUUUUAUGUACGAAUAAUCAUGAAUACAGUAAUUUAUUGGAUGAAGCACAGUUUACCUAACCCGACUAAAACAUCCUAGAUAUUUCAGUUCUUUUUUUAACUGAUUAUCAGGAUAUGUCUGCAUCUAUCAUUUUGCGCUUUUCAAGUAAACAGACAUCUUUUACCGCAUCUCUCCUUACGCAAGAGAACAUUUAAGUGAUCCUCUCCGUGUAUACAGCGGCCAGUCGAACAGUUCUGUUUACUAAUCAU